UCAUGUUCGUAUUUUCAUUUCACACAACACACUCACUUCUUUUCUCUAAAAACCUCUUUCUUUUUCAUUUUCUUCCACUGAAAAACCCUAGCGAAUCACCACCACCUUCAACUUCACCAAUGGCGUAUCGUCUUCGCCACGCGAUCCGUCACUACUCAACAAUCCUCUCUCCAAACUCCUCAACACCACUAACUUCAAAGCAAAAAUCAAGAGCCGCACUCCGUCUCCUCAAAUCCGAAACCAAUCCAGAAACCAUCGUCGAAAUCUGUCGCGCCGCCUCACUCUCACCUGAAUCACACCUCGACCGCCUCGCUUUUUCACGCGCCGUCAACAAACUCACCGCAGCUAAAAACUUCGACGCCGUCCGUCAAUUCCUCGACGAACUUCUCCAAACCCGACCCGACCUUCAAAACGAACGUUUCAUUUCUCACGCUAUCGUUCUCUUCGGUCAAGCCAACAUGCUUCAUCAAGCUAUGAACACUUUUAAUCACAUGCGUGAAAAUCUCAACAUUGUUCCAUCUGUUAAAUCGCUGAACGCGUUGAUUUUCGCUUCGCUCGUCGCAAAGAAUCACAAAGAGGUAACGCGAAUUUACCUUGAAUUCCCUAAAAUUCAUUCGAUUCAACCUGAUGUUGAAACUUAUAAUUUGGUCAUUAAGUCUUUUGCUGAAUCUGGUUCAGCUAGUUCUGUGUUCUCUAUUUUAGAUGAGAUGGAUAGGAAUUCUGUUAAACCUAAUGUUACUACUUUUAAUAAUUCGAUUGGUGGGUUUUAUAAUGAGGAGAAAUUUGAGGAAGUUGGAAAGUUGACGAAUUUGAUGGAAAAAAGGUAUGGGUUGUAUCCUAAUCUUAGUACUUAUAAUGUUAGGAUUCAAAGUUUGUGUAAGUUGAAGAGGUCUUCUGAGGCUAAGGCUUUGUUUCAAGGGAUGAUUUCGAGAGGGAGGAAGCCGAAUUCCGUUAGUUAUUAUCAUUUGAUUGGUGGAUUUUGUAGGGAAGGAAACCUUGAUGAGGCUAAGAGAUUGUUUAGUGAUAUGAAGUUAAGAGGUUUUAAGGUUGAUGGUGGCUGUUAUUUUACCCUGGUUCACUUUUUGUGUGAAAGUGGGCAGUUUGAGUCUGCUUUGGAGAUUGCUAAGGAGAGUAUUGGGAAGGGUUGGGUUCCGAAUUUUACCACGAUGAAAAAGCUUGUGAAUGGGCUUGUUAGUGUUUCAAAGGUUGAUGAUGCUAAAGAGCUUAUUAAGGUAAUCAAGGAGAAGUUUGCUGAAAAUAGUGACAAGUGGAGUGAAAUUGAAGAAGGGUUGGCUAAGGAAUGAAGAGUGUUGUCUGGUUGUGUUAUUUUUUGGUCAAUUGGUGGCUUUUCUCAGGAACAUGAGCUUAAAAAUGGCUUUCUUUUGUUUUGCCAUUUCCUCUGGCGCCUUGGCGUUUUGCUAAAUCCAUUGUUAGUUGGUGAUGCGACAAGUUAGUUUUGUAUGUUUGCCAUAACAUUAUUUGUUUGGGUAAUAAAAUGUACUGGAAAUGGUUCCGAUGAUAGAAUUCUUAAUUAUUCUAAUUUGAUUGACCUCUUUCGAUUGCAUUAUCUCAA